GUCUGAUGACAACGCCGGCAGUAACAUGUCAGCAGCUGUUAUCCCCCCUCAGCUGUACAACUGGCUGCCCCCUGAACUUAUUUGGCAACAUGUGGGCACUGUACGAUCAGAUAUUUACAGCCUCUGUACCAUCAUUCAGGAGAUCCACACAGAGAUACUGCCCUGGUGUGGCCUGGAUGGGCUGAUGGUGAAAGAGUUGAUGCUGUCAGGUCGAUCACUGACCCUCGAUCCCCGCCUUCCCCCUGCCUUUCAUGGCAUCGUGCAGACUGGUCUCUGUUUGAGACAGCGUGAUCGUACCCUCAACUUGCAAGAUAUCCGCUACAUACUCCGCACACAGCUCCAGGGCCUGGGGCUGAGUCUGGAAGCUGGAGUCUGCAGAACGAGCCUGAGCUGUGGGUCAGGAGUUGUCAGGCUGGGCAGUAAGCAGGAUCGAAUGUCUCCAGAGCUUCGGGAAAAGCCCCUGGACUGUGUCGAUGGACUGGACCCCAGGCACCUCUCCUGCCAGUCAGCGGAGGCACCCCUGGACAGUCGUCAGAGUGACGGUGUGUGUUACUAUGAGGUAGAUCACAGCUCCAGUCAGAGUUACCACUCUACAGUGAGUCAGGAAGCUGCUGGUCAGGAUGCUACGGGACUCCCAGCAGCAGCUUGUGCAGACACUCCAGCCCACACGGCCCAGCACAACAGGGAGACUCGGGCAAAGCUUGUGCAGCGAGAUUCAGGCAGUAACCCGACGGGAGAGGGAGCGAGCAUGUGCCCAGUUGAGGAACUGGAGAGGAUGAGGACCAGCUCUGUGAGGUUGAGUGGGGCUCCAGACCGUGAGCUGUGUGCCCCGGUGUUUUUGGAAGAUAGCAGCAAGGAGCAGCGAGCACAGAGCCACGGGGAGAGAGUGAGAGUUUACAGUGUGCGGUACGGCCGGGAGAUCGACCUGGAGUCAAACAGCAGCCUACUCCUGGAGUCUGUCAGUGAAGACACGCCCCCAGAUCAGGAGGCAGGACCAGAACAUCUCACAGCUACCCAAGAGAGAGUGCAACACAGAAUCAUGGCUGGUGCCCUCCGCCCACCCUCCCCUGGCUCCUCCAUGACCCAGUGCCCUCAGGCCCCCUUCCUGCACUGUGCCACCAGCAUCCAGGAGUCUGCCAGCCUGCUGGAGUGGGCCAACAGCUCCCUUCAGCGUAUGGAGAGGCGAUUCAUCAACAGUAUACAGGCACUGGAACGGUUCGCAGACAGCCCAGAGCACAGACAGGAGUGGGAGCAUGGACUCGAGCUGGAGGGGGAGCAGGAAAAGGAAUGGCUCCAGGAACAGGAGUGGGAGCAGCUUCAACAAGUUACACAGCAGCAGUCGGGUAAAACUGCAGGUGAAAGCCAUUGUUGUGUCCGAUCUCAGGAGCUGGGAAGUGACACGUCUGCUCCAACGUGGUCCAUGAUAUCGGGCAGCACAGAUGAUCUGAACCACUCGGACGUGGAAGCACAGCGGGGAGCUGGUGCCUGUCAGCUUCUCGAAGGUUGGUACAGCUGCUGCUCAGACCAGACCCUGUACCCUCCAGGAGGCAACCCUGAAAC